AUGCAGAACAUGUUCUCCGAGGAAAAUGUUAAAUGGGUUAAUGCCAAUUUACGUAUGGAUUUCCACAACAGUGGGUCCAAUGAGUUGUUUGGUUUCUGUAUGGAGAUGCUUGGGAGUUUAGUUUUCUGCAUUUCCACUGUAUUCAUGCUCUUGUUGCCAAGCAGCGUAAUAAAGCCAGAGAAUGUUGGUUUAAUUCUCUCCUACAGAUUACCCCUGAAUGGUGUGCUGUUCUGGGCCAUUUAUAUGAGCUGCUUUGUCAAAAAUAAGAUGGUAUCGGUUGAGAGGAUAAAACAAUUUAUAAACAUCCCAUCAGAAGCAGCAUGGGAGAUAAAAGACCGUGUUCCUCCUUCAAAUUGGCCUUCCCAUGGCAAUGUCGAGCUCAGAGACUUGCAGUGUAGUGGACGGACAAAUGAAGUGGUCUGCAUGCAAGUUGUCAUUACUUUGUCAUCUCCAUUACUUUGUCUCAAGCUAAAUAAGCCCUGGAGCAGGAAAUCAACUUUGAUCCAAGUGUUCUUUAGGCUGGUGGAACCUUCAGGAGGCAAAAUUAUCAUCGAUGGGAUUGAUAUAACCACAAUAGGGCUUCACGAUAUCAGGUCUCGCUUUGGAUCAUUCCUCAAGGACCUGUCCUUUUUGAAGGAACUCCUUGAACGCUGCCAACUUAAAGAUGUGGUAGCUGCAAAACCUGAUGAACUCAAUUCUUUAGUGGCUGAUGACGGCGACAACUGGAGCGUGGGGCAAAGACAGCUUCUCUGUUUGGGGCGAGUUAUGUUGAAGCACAGCAGGCUCUUGUUCAUGGACGAGGCCACGGCUUCAGUUGAUUCACAAGACAAAUGCUGUAAUACAAAGGAUCGUGGGAGAGGAUUUUGCUGGAUGUACAAUAAUCAGCAUUGA